UUCUUCCUCUUCCAUUGCAGUGUUGUCAUGGGCUGACUCACUAGCAUGGUACGCCAUGAGCGUGAUGAUGACAUACUUGACAAAUGUCUGGAAGCUUGACCUUACCCAUGCUGCUGCAAUUGUAAAUGUGUCUUCGGGUGCAGCCAACAUAUUGCCUAUAGCCAUGUCCGUCCUUGCAGAUACUUUCCUUGGUCACUAUUGCAUCAUCUUGCUCGCCAAUUUUGCUUACAGCAUUGGGUUGAGCUUAUUGGCAAUGUCGACGCCACCAGUCCUUUCUAGAUAUACAGGCACCUGCAGAGCAUACAAGCCAGAUUGCAUUGGUGAUACCCAAAAGGCUCUGUUCUACACAGCGUUAGCUCUCAUAGCUGUUGGGAGAUCAGGCAAUCUGGCAUCUGCAAAGUCUUUCACGGAGAGACAACUAAAGGAAAUCGAACCACUAGUUCCAGAUGCUAGCUAUGAAGAUAUUUCCAAAAUGAUGUGGAAAUUGUUCGGCUGGUUGGCUUUGCUUUUUAUCUCAAUUUUUGGAGGCAUUGCACUUCUAUAUAUAAAACCAUGGUCUGUGCGAUUUGGAAUAUCAGCAAUAUGUACGGUAGCAGCAGUACUUGUGUUCAUCAGUGGCUCAUCGUCAUACGCACAUGAUCCGCCGCAGGGGAGUCCUCUCACAACUGUUUCAAGAGUCUUUGUAGCCUCUGCUUCCAAGAUCUUUUGUAGUCUCCCACGGGAUGCAAAUCAGCUUUAUGAAAAACAUCCACCAAGUGAUCAAGCUCUUCACUUGGUGCCUCUGCCUCACACCCAGAGCCUCAGGUGCCUUGACAAGGCUGCCAUUAUAGUCCCAACCCAAAGCGUAGAGCAACAAGAAGAAAAUAGAUGGAAGCUUUGCAGGGUGACAGAAGUAGAGGAAACAAAAAUCUUUAUACGCAUGAUACCAAUGUGGAUGACCUUCACUAUGUGUGGGGUCGUGAGUUCAAUAGGAGAGACUUAUUUUUUAGAGCAAGCAAACCAUAUGAAUCGCAAGGUUGGAAAAUGGAAGGUCCCUCUUCCAAUACUACCAAUCUUCUACAACAUUGCAAAAUCAGCGUUGGCCGCACUCUAUGGCAUAGUGGCUGGCAAAUUGAAAAAAAAAAAAGAGAUCAAGAAAAUAUGCAGCCCCCAUUGGAAUGAUAAUAGCAAUGCUAUUUUCUGUGGGAUGUUGUGUCGUGGCUGCAAAAGUGGAGACUAGGAGGCUAGGCGUGAUCAAAAGGCAUGGGUUACUUGACAAACCUGAUGAGCAAAUCCCAAUGAGCAUGUUCUGGCUUCUUCCACAGUUUCUCCUUCUUGGUGCCCUUGAUGGAAUCAAUGGUAUAAGCAUUUAUGAUUUCUUCACCGCUGAAGUUCCUGCCUCAAUGAGGCCCUUAAUGCAAACUUUUGCCUGGGUUGCUUUUGGAGCAGGGACUGUGGGUAGUGUCCUUUCAGUUUAUGUCGUGGGUAAGGUCAAACCAAAUUGGUUUCAAGACACACUGAAUAAAAGUCAUUUGGAUAACUACUAUUGGACACUCACAGUAUUCAGUUCCCUAAAUCUUGUCUUGUACAUCUUGGUGGCAAUUUGGUACCCCUAUCAAGACUAUCCACCGGAAUCACUGGAUAGCGUCGAUCAAAACCGAGUCGAGGUCAGGCGAUUAUUUCCCUGCUGUCCUUAACCAAAUAAAAAAGAACGGAUAUAGUCGAUCCAAGCUUCGACAUUAUAUGUCUAUCAAUGUGGUUCAUAUCAAUCAAUAAAACAUGUAGUAGUUGAAAAUGUUUCUAAGAGCAUCUCA